AUGGUAGCAACCAAUCACUACCUCCCGACAACCAAUCACUACCUACAGGCAACCAAUCCCAAAAUACAGGCAACCAAUCUCUACAUAAAGGCAACCAAUCUCUACGUACAGACAACCGAUCCCUACCUACAGGCAACCAAUCUCUACAUACAGACAACCGAUCCCAACCUACAGGCAACCAAUCUCUACUUACAGGCAACCAAUCCCUACCAACAGGCAACCAAUCACUACCUACAGGCAACCAAUCACUACCUACAGACAAUCAAUCUCUACCUACAGACAACCAAUCUCUACCUACAGGCAACCAAUCUCUACCUAAGGGCAACCAAUCACUACUUACAGGCAACCAAUCUCUACCUAGAGUCAACCAAUCUCUACAUACAGACAACCAAUCUCUACCUAGAGUCAACCAAUAUCAACCUACAGGCAACCAAUCCCUACCUACAGGAUACCACUCUCUGCCAGGCAACCAAUCUCUACCUACAGACAACCAAUCUCUACCUACAUGCAACCAAUCCCUUCUUACAGGCAACCAAUGGCAACCAAUCUCUACCUACAGCCAACCAAUCACAACCAAUAUCUACCUACAGUCAACCAAUCUCUACCAACUGGCAACCAAUCUCUACCGGCAACCAAUCUCUACCUCCCGGCAACCAAUCGCUUCCUACACACAACCAAUCACAACCAAUAUAUACCUACAGGCAACCAAUCACAACCAAUAUCUACCUACAGACAACCAAUCUCUACCUACAGGCAACCAAUCUCUACUUACAGGCAACCAAUAUCUACCUACAGGCAACCAGUCCCUACCUACAGGAUACCAAUACUACCAGGCAACCAAUCUCUUCCUACAGGCAACCAAUCUCUACUUACAGGCAACCAAUCGCUACCUUCAGGCAACUAAACACAACAUAUCUUUACUUAAAGGCAACCAAUCUCUACCUACAGGCAACCAAUCACAACCAAUAUCUAUCUACAGCCAAUCAAUCUCUACCGGCAACCAAUCUCUAUCUACAGGCAACCAAUCGCUACCUACAUGCAACCAAUCACAACCAAUCUCUACUUACAGGCAACCAAUCGCUACCUACAGGCAACGAAUCUCUACCUACAGGCAACCGAUCUCUUCCUACAGGCAACCAAUCGCUACCUACAGGCAACGAAUCUCUACCUAAAGCCAACCGAUCUCUUCCUACAGGCAACAAAUCUCUACCUAUAGGCAACCAAUUACUACCUGCAGGCAACAAUCUCUACCUACAGGCAACCAAUCACUACCUACAUGCAACAAUCUCUUCCUACAGGCAACCAAUUUCUACCUACAGGCAACCAAUCUCUACCUACAGGCAAACCAAUCUCUACUUACAGGCAACUAAUCCCUACCUACAGGCCACCAAUCUCUACCUACAGGCAACCAAUCACUUCCUAAAGGCAACCAAUCUCUACUUACAGGCAACCAAUAACUACCUAAAGGCCACCAAUCUCUAUUUACAGGCAACCAAUAUCUACGUACAGUCAACCAAUCCCUACCUACAGACAACCAAUCCCUACCUACAGACAAUCAAUCUCUACUUACAGGCAACCAAUAUCUACCUACCGGCAACCAAUCCCUACCUACAGGCAACCAAUUUCUACCUAAAGGCAACCAAUCAGCAACCAAUCACAACCAAUAUAUACCUACAGGCAACCAAUCUCUACCUACAGGCAACCAAUCACAACCAAUAUAUACCUACAGGCAACCAAUCUCUACCUACAGGCAACCAAUCACAACCAAUAUCGACCUACAGGCAACCAAUCUCUACCUACAGGCAACCAAUCAAGAUCGAGGAACAUUUAUUUUUUAUUUCUUCAAAUUUUAUGAAAGGCACAGGGAAAUACAACCACAACUGA